CCCAAGACCCCUUUCUUUGCUGUCCUUCCCAGUUCUGCUUUUCAGAUUUCAUUCACUCAUCAGAAACAUGAAGGGCUCGGUCUGGGCUUUCUUCUUAUUGUCAGCCCUGGUGGCCAUCUCUGGAGGAAGUGGCAAGGAGGUACUGAAGAUCUGUGGGCGAGAUUUUAUUAGGGCUGUUGUCUACGUCUGUGGUGGCUCUCGGUGGAAAAAGGACCUUCAAGAGGCCUUUGAAGAUAAGGUGGAAGGAACAAAGUUCUUCGAUGUACCAAACCAAAAUGGAGCUUCUGAAGACCUCACAGAUGACAGCCUCCUCUAUCCUGAAUCCCCUGAUGAUAAAAUCCCCUCAAGGAAUCACCACCCUGUGGGCACUGGGAGACAAAAGAAGGAAGAUUUGUCCAGUAGUCUGUCCAUUUUCUGCUGUGAGGUUGGCUGUACUACAAAGGACUUAAGCAAGCUGUGUUAGGGCAAGAUUGGGUGGGCCGUUGGGUGGGCAGCCAGAAGCUGACUAUGACAGGCUUUUGCUUCCCCUCUUCCAUAUCCAUUAUUAUUGUAAAAAAUGGUGGCUUUCAACUCAAUAAAUAAAUCUGCAGCUAGACCAAUGGCUUUCUUCCAAAUGAAACCUUUCACAUUAAA